GGUCGUGCACGAGUUAUCCCUGAUCCGACACAUCGCUUGUCAAAAUGGCUGCCGAAGGGGAAAACGUGACAGGUGGAAAAGAAAAGUCAGACGACCAUGCUUCGGAAGCUGUAUCUUCAGAUUCUUAUACAUUAGAAGCAUUGGUUUUGAUCAAAGAAGCUCAGCAGCAGCAUGGAUUAAGGCAUGGAGACUAUCAACGAUACAGGAGUUACUGCUCUAGAAGAAUCAGAAGAAUAAGAAAGUCACUACAUUUUCCUCAGGGAUUGAAAAACAGAGUUACACCCAAAAAGGUGACACCAGAAAUACUGACAGAUCCCAGGUUUAUCCAGCUGCCUCUUUUCUGUGCUGAACGAUGCUGGGCCUAUGCUAUGCAGCUGAAGGCUGAAGCCAACACAGAGCCCCGCAAAAAGUUUCAUAUGACAGCACGGCUUAGAAAAGCUGUUCACUAUGCAGAAGAGCUGGUAGCACUUUGCCAGAGUCCAAAAUGUGAUGCAAGGACUAAGCUGGAAUGUGAGGCCUAUAGUACUUGGAUUAGCGGCUCUCUGCGCUUUGAGCUUGAAAACUGGGAGCAAGCCAUGGAGUUAUUCACCAAAGCAAAGACCAUCUACCAGAAACUGGCCAGUGCUUUCACAGAAGAGCAACAAGUUGUGUACCAGCAGCGUGUUGAUGAGAUUGCUCCCAAUCUGCGUUACUGUGCCUACAACAUUGGUGAUGAGUCUGCAAUAAUUGAUCUUCAGAAGAUGAGAAUUGCAGCUGGAGAGGAUCAGCUUUCAUCAAAGCUUGAUGAUCUUCUCUCACAGACUAGAGAAAAGCAAGCAGCCACUUUGUCGGAGGUGACCUGGCGUGGUCGUAUGGUGCCUGUAAAGGUUGAAUCAGUGCGUUUGUUUCUUCUUGGUGUGGGAGAUGCAGAGAAAGAGCUAGAAUCUGCGGACACACUUGACAGCAAAAUCUCUAUAUAUGAGACUUUGCUAAAGCAGUGCAUUGAUGCUCAGCAGUCUUUGAGGGAUACACUUCAGGAAGAUGUAGUGUUCAAAGCUGCCAUCCGUGGUCAACAAGUAGAGGGGAAGAUCUCCAACCAGCACUAUCUAUACUCAUAUCUCACUUAUCUCCGUUUGAAAAUAGCUAUUGAAAGAAACCUCCUUCUUAUAGAAAAUUUAAGGCAGUAUCUUCAAGGACCACAGAUGGAGGAAGGGCGCAAAGUUACCAAGCCUCAGGACCUAGUUAGGCUGUAUGAUAUCAUUAUUCAGAAUCUUGGGGAGAUUCCAAAACUGCAUGGUGUUGAAGAAGAUUCUACACUAGAAGAAGAGAGCAACACUCGAAUUCAGGGAUUCAAAGCUUACAGGUUAUUUUACAUAGCCCGUGCCUAUUCAAGUGCCAAAAAAUGGACAGAGGCAAUAGCCCUAUAUCAGAGAGCUUUGGACUGUGCACAAAAAGCUUUGACUGGCUACAAAAAGUUGACAGAUACACAGUGCCUGAAAGAGGCUCAAAACCUGAAGGAGCUUCAAGGGGAGAUCAGUGGAAUGAUGUACUCUUGCCAUGCCAACAGUAUUUUAGACUUAUCGCCUGCUGGAGAUCAAGCAGUAAUCAACGUUGCUGCAGAACGAAGGCCCCUGGAGGAUCGGCUGGAUGAAUAUGUAGAAGAUAAGUCUCUGACUGGAAAGAAACCAUUUGUUGCCUCAUUCCCACCAGAUUUUGAACCUAUUCCCUGCCGGCCAUUAUUCUUUGACCUAGCUCUUAAUCAUGUAGGGUUUCCUUCCCUUGAGGAUAAGCUGGAGCAAGGUCAAAAGAAGGUGGCAGGAGGUGGCAUUACUGGUUUUGUCAAGGGAUGGCUGUGGGGUGGGGAUAAGAAGUAGCCUCUUGAAAUCAGGUCAUGUAUUCGUGCAUUUUGGCUUAUUGCCUCUUUUCAAACCUUGCCACAAUGGUCUGAUGUUUGGACGAGCAACUGGUGGCUUCAAGCAGUGGAUGACUGCCAUGACAGAUUUAAAUGUAGUAGAAAAAAAAAGAAGAGAAAGCACCAUGAUCGCCUUAUAUGGUCAAUGUUUUGAAGAGACUUUGUUAAGAAUGGUGAGUGUUGGUUUUUGGAUGAGACAAUGAAAUAAGCAAGAGUAAUAGAGCUUCACUUGCUGAACCCAGCUUUCAUGUGUGUGAUUAGAUAUCAAAUGUUUUAAUGAAUUUGUUUUACCUUUUCCUUGCUGUUAAAUUUCCUAAAUAGCCCUUGUAAAAAAGCAAGGUUGGCAUGGAUCCACCUAAUGUUCAAAAAACAUUUUGUUGGAGCAUUGUUCCUGUGAGAGAGAAACAUCUUAUUUAAUGCUCUGAUUUCAUAAAAAUGAUUUAAACAACCAACAUUUAUUUGUAAACCGACUUCAAGAAAUUUAAUCAUGAAAGACAGUAUGGCUGCUUUACUGGCAUUUUGUGUCUGUUAAACUUUAUUAAACUCUACAGCAUAUAAUCUUUUAAGUCAGUGAGCAUCAUUAUCCUGGCAGGAUAUAACUUUAUUUUUGUUUUCUUUAAACAUUUUGGGGAUGGAUGUGAUUGGAUUUUUUUUGUGCUUUGUUUUGUUUUUUUGUAUCUGUUCCAUUCUUUGUAUCAAACCUAAUAGGUGUUGAUAGUGUAUCUUUCAUCCUGUAGUUUUUUUUAAUGAUGUUUUUAUGUAAAGCUUAAUGUUUGUGAUUCAAGGUAAGAGGCUAUAUGUUUGGGAUUUUGUUUUUAAGGGAGGGUUCUGUCUUUAAGUUUGGUAUUCUAUGUCAUGAAAAUAAAAAAAACAAGCUAACAUUAUAAAAAAAAAGUAUUUCCACUAAGUGCCCAGUCUAUAUAGUGUACAAAAACAAAAAGCAAAGAACAUUGAGUUUUGUUUUACACACAGUAUUGAUAAAAAUGGGAUUAUCUGUGCUAUAUUACUAGAAAAGCAUGUAUAUGCAUAGAUGUAUGUGUGUAUGAUUGGUAUCACAAUAAUUAACCUUCACCCGCUGCUGCUGAAAUGUAAAAGAAACAGGUUUAUACAUAAUUCAUUUCUGUCUUGGAUUCUUAAAACUAUAAAUGCUUGUAGAAUUAUGGUUUGUUGCAGAGAAAUAGCACUAAAAUUUUGUUUUUGGUGGUGGAACUGAACUGCAGUCAUGUAGUAACCAUUUAUAUUGGUUAGAUUUUAAUGUUUAAAUUAUCAAGAGUUUUGUUUUUUUAAAUGUUUUUCAUAACUGUACAUUUUAUCUGUAUAUGCUAUGGAAGUACCAAGACUUUUUUUUAACUUGUUGAUAGUUCUAAUCUGUAAGGCAAUUCAAAAUUUUGAAAAUAUCUGUUUAUGUAUACAUAAUAAUUUAAUUGCAAAUCUAGAAGUUUGUUAAAUCUUAGCAUGUUCUGAAACAUUUUAGGAUAUGUCAUUAGGUAAAUGUCAAGAAAAUGUAUGCUUUAUAUAUUCUUAAUUUAACAUUUUCUUAGAAAUAGUUACCAGUUUAGACUUCAAAUUAAUACAGCAACAGGUGUUAGUGAUUUAUGAAUGAAGAAAAACUCAUAAAGAUCAUCUAUGAGAAGUUGGUGUUUGUUCUGUUUAGGGAAAAACUCAAUGGCUUUUAUUGCAUGAAAAACAUUUCAUGUAAAUGUUUUGAGUCUUUAAGGUUCUUGAAUUAGAAACAUUUAGAGCAUGUUAGCAUGUUGUUAACAGAUAAAGCUAUUAUAAUAAACUUGUUACUUAUUCCUUAGUUGUAGGUAAUAAGUACCAGUAUUAAUAGCAUGAUGAUCUGUAUGUACUAGACAGUGAAAACUAGAAUAUAUGCACUUCAUAUUUUGGGCACUUAUUCUUUAAUGCAUACCUCUGUGCAAACUAAUUUUUUAUUUCCUGUGUGUUUACUGGUCAUUUUAUAAUGAUAAAUUGUACAGGAUGCUAAAGAAUAUUUUUUCCACAGGUUUCUGAAAACUUGGGACAGUUUUUUUUUUAAAGCUGAAAUUGUUAAGAAACACAAUCAGAAUCCUGUUAUGUAGCUUUUUUUUUAUGUGCAUGCAAAUCAAAUAAGGUAAGUGAUGUUGAAUGUCUACAAAAUAACAAAAAUCUAAAGCAUCAAUUAGAUGUUUAGCACUAACCUGAGACAGCGACACAUUGGAACAUACUUUGAGUUGCGUAUGUAGGAUAAAAGGCAAGUUUCACAGCCUUUGGCUUAGUAUGCUUGCCUUCAGAGCAGAAGGUUUUCAGUAUUAGUUUCUCCAGAUCAGUUACUGGAAAACUUUAUUUGACAAAAUUUUAAAUCCUGUGGAAGAAAAUGUUACCUCGCUUAUGCCAUUUUAUAUAUAUAUGAACCAGAUAGUUACUCCCCUGUGACCACAAGAUUCUGAAAAUAAAAAUCGUUCUUUUCUCCUAGGCCUUUGGACAUACUAAAGAACCAAAUGUUCAUAAUUUUAUAAAUUCCACUGAAUUAGGAUAAAAACUGUAGGAGCUAUGUCUACAUAUAGUAAGAUAUAUACAGAUAUCAUAAGUGCUGCAUUUUUAUAGGGCCGCCCAGUAGAGUAGUAGUUAAAACACUUGUCACCACUGCAAUGAGAAACUCGGGUUCAGGCGUUGUCUCCGUUGGGUAUUUUCUCUGGGUACUCAUGUUUCCUCACCACCAAUAGUGCAAAAUCACCUCAAGGUGGAAGCACUCUCCUACUAAAUAAACCAACAAACCAUUCAUUUUUAUAUAAAUAGAUUUUUAGCUUUGAGUUUAAGAUAGAUUUAGCUAUAACAAUCUGUCUUUUCAUCAGUCAAAAUAUCUUAGAACUUGGCCUAGUGAAGAAUGAUCACAAGUAAUCUGCAAUAUGUCUGGUUGAAAUAUAGCUCUAGUAGGUAGGCAACAACCCAUAUUUUUCCAGAAGAUGUUGGUUUUUCCUCAUGACGUCCUCAAUACAGGAAAGACUCAGAGUAAUAAACCACUGCAGAUUAAUUAGAAUAUUGCUAGUAAAUUAUUGCUAUGGAAUGAAUGAGGACGGAUGAUGGUUGACCACAUUUUUGGCAAAGGAAGAAAUGACAGCCAGAUACCUGCUCCUCAUUGUAAUCCUUUGAAUCUGCAGAUAACGAUACAUAAAUAUGAUUAUUAUUCAUUCGUUUAUGUUCUUUUCAUAGGCAUAAUGCCUUAUGCUUUCAAUAUGUUAAUUGUGUUCUUAUUUUAAAGAAAGAAUGGCCCUUUAUAAGCUUUUAAGAACAACUAAUUUACUCCAAACUAGAAAAAUAAAACAUUGAGGGCUUUUACUUUAGCUCCUGAGACAUCUCAAGGUUUUUUUCACUUUUCAGAGCUUUCAACCUCCAAAGGGAAAUUAUUCACAGUUUAUAGGCCAUAAAGUUGUAAUGUAUGCUUAGUUACAGCAACAGUGACAAAAAAGCAGUACUGAAGAUAUUUAGGCCGGUGCUAUGUGGCAUUCAUCUAAAUCAUUUGCUUCAAAAUACCUUAGAGAUCCAUAAUAAUGUAAAACUGGCUGAAUGCAGUUCCUCAGCGUUGUAUAUCUUCCAGAUAUUUUACAGAAUAUCAUUUAUUUCUAGUCAUCUGAAAUGUAUUUUGUGUCAAUGGUUGUAACUCGUAGGGCAUGGCUAAGUCUCAAAAAUAUAUGCUGUUAGUGUAAAGAGUAGUACCUUCUGGGAGUUUUUUAAAACGCAUAUUUGGUUCAUUUACUGAAGUUGGAGAGGUUUGACUGAUCACCUAGAUAUCAUUGAAAGAACACAUUUAGUCAGUGGUAAUAACUGCUACCAUUUUUUCUGUACGAUCUGUGAUUUCCAUACCAUUAUGAACUCUUUCUUUGAUAAUUCAAUAAAAGGAUCAUAUGUAUUGUUAAUUAACUCAGGAAAAUAGAGCUUAUCUCUUUCAUUUAUUUAAAAGUGACUAGUGAAAUUUGUGGAAAGUUGUAUGUAUGGAAAAGGUAUGAACACUUGUGCAGCGUAGUCCAGGCCUAGGUCCCCUAAAGUGAACUGCACUGCAUUUUAAACUUGCCACCAAAUAAGGGGCAAACAUUUAAUGGGAAAUUAUGUAUGUCUGAUUAAUGCUUGGAAGUAUUUUAAUUUUUUUUAAAUAACAAGGAAAUAAGAAAUGAAAAUAUGUUUAGCAAGGAAGUUUCAGUUAACAACAAAGGAUAUGUUGUAUAAACACAUAAUUCAUACAAUUGUCAAAAAGCAUAUGGAAAACAUCUUACUGCAUCGAGUGAUCAGCUUUACAAAUCAUAGGUAGUAAGAAUGUAUUAUGACUGUGACAAAGCACAAGAAGUGAAUUUUUUUGAAUGGUACAUUUGAAACCAAUAAAACCAUAUAUUGAUCCAUCUCUUAUGUUUCUACACAUACUUUUCCUUGUCUAUUUGUCAAGAUGGAGCACAAGUGCUUUAUUAUUUCUUAGAAGUAUCCUUGUUUGCAUCAAGAGACAGGAUUUUUAUGCAAUGCUAUUUGAAGAGCAUAAAAUACACUCUUUGAUCUGUUUCUCAUUGCUUGUUUAGGCCAAUAUUAGACACUGUUUUAUUCACUGAUGACAGUAAACAAAAUCAAAAUAUGCA